GAAGGAACGGCGAAGGAAUGCCGCGCGCGGUUCCUGGAUGCUGGGUCGAGGGUGCCCUGCAAGAUGAAGGAACUGGGCUGGCUUUGCUUGGGCUCAGUCAUGGGCUGAUGCGCCUCUUCUCCACUCAGCCGCCGCACAGAGUGUGGAGUACCUACUUACUAACGCACCCGAAUCCUGCCGCCAACCGCUGGUCGUGCUGGGUCUUGUCGCUCCAACUUUGGGACUGACUGAGAUGACGAUCAGCACGUGUCGGACUGCCGCGUCGAUCCGUUCAUCCAUCAAGCAGCAUCCAGCGGGGGAGCGAGAAAAACUUCCCCAGUCACAAGACGCUCACAUUCUCGACCCUCAGCCUACUCUUUUUUCUGCUGGCCGCCUCCGCACCAUGGCGCCCGGCUCCUUCAAGCCUCGCGCCGACGUUCCCGCCCAGCGCGCAACCUUCUCGACGUCAGCCCCCGCGCUAGCCCAUGGCCCUGGCUUCGCGCUGGCGCCGUGCCAGGCUGAGAUUGGAUGGACACGAGGGUGCUGCUCGACAUGCCCCACGCUACCGGUAGCUUGAUCUGCUCUCCGUUUUGGCGGCGUCGUCGUUAUAUCGGACGGGCUGAGAGGCGCUUCAUCAGUUUGCUCUAGUCGAGCUAG